CCGGCCGCUGCGCAGUCUCCGCAGCCGCCGGCGGGAGGGGUCGAGGCGGAGGCGCGGCGCGGCGCAGGCUGCUCCAGGCCCAGGUUACCUAGGGUAUGAAUUAAUACAGACUUGGAAACUGAAAGAACUUAGAAUCAGCAUUUUGAGAGCAGAAGCUUGGGUAUGCUGUGAUUUUCCAAUAAACUGCUCUCGCAAUGUCACAGUGCAGUUCAGACAACAGCAACGCGGGGAUCUCAAGCAUUAAGACGGUAAAUCUGGGCUUCACCCUGCGUGGAGGGAUGAGGAGCGUGUACUCCUGUUUCCCUAAAAGCUGCCUCUAAAUGAAGCCGCAACUGCACCACUUUCAUGAGUGUGAAUUGUUUGACCAGGAAUUUAAAACCUGUGAUUGAAAAAUAGUCCUGUGGAUUAAUUACUCUGUUGGCUCUGCUAAAGCAGUUAAUCGUAGUCAGUCAGUCUAUGAAACUGGAGAACUUUUACUUACCAGCAGGCGUUCAGAGCGCUUCAUUAAGGCCAAGUUAAGAAAGAAAAAUCUAUUUAAACAUGCCAGAGAAAGUAAAAAUUGGCAGAAUUGUAGGUUUUUCUGUUUUCACAUUAUUGGAUUACUUAUUGAAUCUUUAAUUAAACGUUAAAGUUGGAUGUGCUUUCUCCAAAGUAGAAAGUGUAUUACUGUGGCCAGCCACUGUGUCCUAAAUGCAUGAACAUGUAUGAAAUGAAUUAAUUUUAAUUUCAUUAAUAUUAAUUUAAAUAUUGUGUUCUAAUGGAAAUAUAAUGGGGCAAGUUCAGUUGCCGUCCUCCCAUGUCCUUGCACAUUCUCUGUCCUGGAUCCACCCAUCAGGGCCGGUAGGAGUGGGCUGGGUGCGGGUGUCCGAACCAAGGAGAAAUCUCUUUGGAACUGUCUGUACUUCUGUUCUGCAUGUUACUGUGUAGACAUUCAUGAAAUCUGAUUCAGUUCAUCGAAUAUUUACUAAACUGCCUGUAUGGUCCGUUGUACCAGGAGGUGUAAGAGCUGCAAAGAAUGAUACACACAUCUUCUCACGGAGCAUGUGUGCCAGUAAACGAAUACGUCGUGGAUGUGUGUGCGUCUGUGAAUCUACGCAGUGCGAUUUACAUUAGGAGAGGCGCAGCGAGGCUCUCGGAGGUUUUCUUGUCACUCAUGUGGCCACUGUUUCAUUCUGCAAACCUGCACUGUUUGUUUGCCGUACCUGGAGGGCGGUUAGUUCAGCCAGUGGUGGAAGGAUGUGGGAGACAUAGCGCUCCUGUCCUCAAGGGAACCCUAGUCUAAUUGGCCAUGUUUUUUCUUUUCUUUUUAUGGCCGCACCUGUGGCACAUGGACAUGCCCGGGCCAGAGCCUGAAUCCGAGCGGCAGCUGCCGCCUGCGUCACGGCUGUGACAGCGCCCCCUUUAGCCCACUGCGUCGGGCUGGGGCUGCAAAGUGGCACCUCUGCAGCCACCUGAGCCGCUGCGGUCGUGUUCUUCACCUGCUGGGCCGCAGUGGGAACUCCUGAGUUGGCUAUGUUCAUUGACUUUUUAAAACUCUUCAUUUGGAAAUAAUUUCAGACUUUUACAGCAAAGAAAAAUAAGAUUAAGACAAAGAUAUGUGCUUUACCCGUCUUGCCCUGUUUGCAUCAUCAGUUGCGCCCAUUCUCUCUCUGUAUAUCCACAGGUAGUUUCUUUUUUUGGAACCACUUGAGAAUGAGUUACAUACGUCAUGGCCCUUAUGCUCCGAGAAUCAGGAUACUCCUCUUAACUCCUCGGCACGGUCUUGGUGGAGCUGUCCACUCAGGGAGUGUGGCAGUGCCUCAUCUGCAGCCAGACCUGUAACGGAGUGGGCGGUUCUGCAGGAAAGGGUCCGGUUUGAGAUCAGUUACUGCAUUUAGUUCUCAUGUGUUUAUAGUCUUCUUUAAUCUGGAAUAUUUUCACAGUUUUUCUUUGUGUUUUAUUUUACCGGUACCUUUAAAGACGAUAGUCCCCCCCUUAAAAUAAGAACAUUAAAACAUUUUUUAGACUAUUCUAAAAAGAAACUUUAUUUUUUAGAUUAUUGCUGUAUAGUUAUAGUCUAUUUGUAAUAAAUUUUAAAAUGAGUAUAUAAACAUUUAUAAGUAGGCUAAUUUUAAGGCUAUUUUUAUACUGUUCUAAACGUAGAACAUUCAUUUUUUUUUUUUAGACUGUUUUCUGGGGUAUUAUUAUUACGCAUGCCGUCUGUGGGAGAAGACAUGGUCACAGUGUAAGCUGUGCUAGAACAAAAAUGCAAUGAAAGAAACACUGGAUGAAUGAAAAGCCCUGCUUUGCAACCCCUCAGCAUGGCAGGCCUGCAGCUCAUGACCCCUGCUUCCUCACCAAUGGGUCCUUUCUUUGGACUGCCAUGGCAACAAGAAGCAAUUCAUGAUAACAUUUAUACGCCAAGAAAAUAUCAGGUUGAACUGCUUGAAGCAGCUCUGGAUCAUAAUACCAUAGUCUGUUUAAACACUGGCUCAGGGAAGACGUUUAUUGCAGUACUACUCACUAAAGAGCUGUCCUAUCAGAUCAGGGGAGACUUCAACAGAAAUGGCAAAAGGACGGUGUUCUUGGUCAACUCUGCAAACCAGGUUGCUCAACAAGUGUCAGCUGUUAGGACUCACUCGGAUCUCAAGGUUGGGGAAUACUCGAACCUAGAAGUAAAUGCAUCUUGGACAAAAGAGAAAUGGAACCAAGAGUUUACUAAGCACCAGGUUCUUGUUAUGACUUGCUCUGUCGCCUUGAAUGUUUUGAAAAAUGGUUACUUAGCACUGUCAGACAUUAACCUUUUGGUGUUCGAUGAGUGUCAUCUUGCAAUCCUAGAUCACCCCUACCGAGAGAUUAUGAAGCUCUGUGAAAAUUGUCCAUCAUGUCCUCGUAUUUUGGGGCUAACUGCUUCCAUUUUAAAUGGGAAAUGUGAUCCAGAGGAAUUGGAAGAAAAGAUACAGAAACUGGAGAAAAUUCUUAAGAGUAAUGCUGAAACUGCAACUGACUUGGUGGUCUUAGACAGAUAUACUUCUCAGCCAUGUGAGAUUGUGGUAGACUGUGGACCAUUUACUGACAGAAGUGGGCUUUAUGAAAGACUGCUGAUGGAAUUAGAAGAAGCUCUCAAUUUUAUCAAUGACUGUAACAUAGCUGUACAUUCAAAAGAAAGAGAUUCUACUUUAAUUUCCAAACAGAUACUGUCAGACUGUCGUGCAGUAUUGGUAGUUCUGGGACCUUGGUGUGCAGAUAAAGUAGCUGGAAUGAUGGUAAGAGAACUACAGAAAUAUAUCAAACAUGAACAAGAGGAGCUGCACAGGAAAUUUCUAUUGUUUACAGACACUUUCCUGAGGAAAGUACACGCGCUGUGUGAAGGGCACUUCUCCCCUGCCGCGCUUGACCUGAGAUUUGUGACUCCUAAAGUCAUAAAACUGCUCGAAAUCUUACGCAAGUACAAACCCUACGAGCGACAGCAGUUUGAAAGCGUUGAGUGGUAUAAUAAUAGGAAUCAGGAUAAUUACGUGUCUUGGAGUGAUUCGGAGGAUGAUGAGGAGGACGAAGAAAUUGAAGAAAAAGAAAAGCCGGAGACGAAUUUUCCUUCUCCAUUUACCAAUAUUUUAUGUGGAAUUAUUUUUGUGGAAAGAAGAUACACGGCAGUUGUCUUAAACAGAUUGAUAAAGGAAGCUGGCAAACAAGAUCCAGAGCUGGCUUACAUCAGCAGCAAUUUUAUAACUGGACAUGGCAUUGGAAAGAAUCAGCCUCGUAACAAACAGAUGGAAGCAGAAUUCAGAAAACAGGAAGAGGUACUUAGGAAAUUUCGAGCUCACGAAACCAACCUGCUGAUUGCCACGAGCAUUGUGGAAGAGGGUGUUGAUAUACCAAAGUGCAACCUGGUGGUUCGUUUCGAUCUGCCCACAGAGUAUCGAUCCUACGUUCAGUCUAAGGGAAGAGCAAGGGCGCCAAUCUCUAAUUACGUCAUGUUAGCAGAUACGGACAAAAUAAAGAGUUUUGAAGAAGACCUUAAAACAUACAAAGCUAUUGAAAAGAUCUUGAGAAACAAAUGCUCCAAGUCCGUUGAGAGUGGGGAGACCGACCUUGAGCCCGUGGUGGAUGACGACGACAUCUUCCCCCCCUACGUGCUGCGGCCCGACGAUGGCGGUCCCCGGGUCACCAUCAACACGGCCAUUGGACACAUCAACAGAUACUGUGCUAGAUUACCCAGUGACCCGUUUACUCAUCUGGCUCCUAAGUGUAGAACCCGAGAGUUGCCUGAUGGUACAUUUUAUUCAACUCUUUAUCUGCCAAUUAAUUCACCUCUUCGAGCCUCCAUUGUUGGCCCCCCAAUGAGCUGUAUACGAUUGGCUGAAAGAGUCGUGGCUCUCAUUUGCUGUGAAAAACUGCACAAAAUUGGUGAACUGGAUGACCAUUUGAUGCCGGUUGGGAAAGAGACGGUUAAAUACGAAGAGGAGCUUGAUUUACAUGAUGAGGAGGAGACCAGUGUUCCAGGAAGACCAGGCUCCACAAAACGAAGACAGUGCUACCCAAAAGCGAUUCCAGAAUGUUUGCGGGACAGCUACCCCAAGCCCGAUCAGCCCUGUUACCUGUAUGUGAUAGGGAUGGUUCUGACAACCCCUCUCCCCGAUGAACUCAACUUUAGAAGGCGGAAGCUCUAUCCCCCCGAGGACACCACAAGAUGCUUCGGAAUACUGACAGCCAAACCCAUACCUCAGAUUCCUCACUUUCCUGUGUACACACGCUCUGGAGAGGUCACCAUUUCCAUUGAGUUGAAGAAGUCUGGUUUCACGCUGUCUCUGCAAAUGCUUGAGCUGAUUACAAGACUUCACCAGUAUAUAUUUUCACAUAUUCUUCGGCUUGAGAAACCUGCACUAGAGUUUAAACCCACCGACGCUGACUCAGCAUACUGUGUUCUACCUCUUAAUGUCGUUAAUGACUCCAGCACUUUGGACAUUGACUUUAAAUUCAUGGAAGACAUCGAGAAAUCAGAAGCUCGCAUAGGCAUUCCCAGUACAAAGUAUUCAAAAGAAACACCUUUUGUUUUUAAAUUAGAAGAUUACCAAGAUGCAGUUAUCAUUCCAAGGUAUCGCAAUUUUGAUCAGCCUCAUCGAUUUUACGUAGCUGAUGUGUACACUGAUCUUACCCCACUGAGUAAAUUUCCUUCCCCUGAGUAUGAAACUUUUGCAGAAUAUUAUAAAACGAAGUAUAACCUUGACCUGACCAAUCUCAACCAGCCGCUGCUGGAUGUGGACCACACAUCGUCAAGACUUAAUCUUUUGACACCUCGCCAUUUGAAUCAGAAGGGGAAAGCUCUUCCUCUGAGCAGCGCUGAAAAGAGGAAAGCCAAAUGGGAGAGUCUGCAGAACAAACAGAUCCUGGUUCCGGAACUCUGUGCUAUCCAUCCAAUUCCAGCAUCACUGUGGAGAAAAGCAGUCUGUCUCCCCAGCAUCCUUUAUCGCCUUCACUGCCUUCUGACCGCGGAGGAGCUAAGAGCCCAGACGGCCAGCGAUGCUGGUGUGGGAGUCAGAUCACUUCCCGUGGAUUUUAGAUACCCCAACUUAGACUUCGGGUGGAAAAAAUCCAUCGACAGCAAAUCUUUCAUCUCAGUUGCUAACUCCUCUUCAGCUGAAAACGAGAACUACUGUAAGCACAGCCCCCUCGUCCCUGAACAUGCUGCACAUCGAGGUGCUAACCGACCCUCCGCUCUCGAAAAUCACGGCCACACGUCUGUGACCUGCCGAGCGCUCCUCAGCGAGUCCCCUGCUAAGCUCCCGAUCGACGUUGCAACAGAUCUGACAGCAGUGAACGGUCUUUCGUACAAUAAAAAUCUUGCCAAUGGCAGUUACGACUUAGCUAACAGAGACUUUUGCCAAGGAAAUCAUCUGAGUUACUACAAGCAGGAAAUACCUGUACAACCAACUACCUCAUAUCCCAUUCAGAAUUUAUACAAUUACGAGAACCAGCCCCAGCCCAGCGAUGAAUGUACUCUACUGAGUAAUAAAUACCUUGAUGGAAAUGCUAACAAAUCUACCUCAGAAGGACGUCCCACGAUGCCUGGUACUACAGAGGCUGGUAAGGCGCUUUCGGAAAGGAUGGCUUCUGCGCAGAGCCCUGCUCCGGGCUACUCCCCGAGGACUCUUGGCCCAAACCCUGGACUCAUCCUUCAGGCUCUGACCCUUUCAAACGCUAGCGACGGAUUUAACCUGGAGCGGCUCGAAAUGCUCGGUGACUCCUUCUUAAAGCACGCCAUCACCACGUAUCUCUUUUGCACUUACCCUGAUGCUCACGAGGGCCGCCUUUCGUAUAUGAGAAGCAAAAAGGUCAGCAACUGUAACCUGUAUCGGCUUGGGAAGAAGAAGGGCCUGCCCAGCCGCAUGGUGGUGUCGAUAUUUGAUCCCCCUGUGAACUGGCUUCCUCCUGGUUAUGUAGUAAAUCAAGACAAAAGUAACACAGACAAAUGGGAAAAAGAUGAAAUGACAAAAGACUGCGUGCUGGCUAACGGCAGACUGGACGCCGACCUGGAGGAGGAGGACGCCGCCGCGCUCAUGUGGAGGCCGCCCAGGGAGGAGGCCGAGGACGACGAGGACCUCCUGGAGUACGACCAGGAGCACAUCAGGUUCAUAGACAGCAUGCUGAUGGGGUCAGGAGCCUUCGUCAAGAAGAUUGCUCUUGCUCCCUUCGCCGCCGCCGAUCCUGCCUACGAAUGGAAGAUGCCCAAAAAGGCCCCCCUGGGGAGCAUGCCCUUUUCCGCAGAUUUCGAGGACUUUGACUACAGCUCGUGGGAUGCCAUGUGCUAUCUGGACCCCAGCAAAGCCGUUGAGGAGGAUGACUUUGUGGUGGGCUUCUGGAAUCCAUCCGAAGAGAACUGUGGUGUGGACACAGGCAAACAGUCCAUUUCUUACGACUUGCACACGGAGCAGUGCAUCGCUGACAAAAGCAUCGCCGACUGUGUGGAAGCCCUGCUGGGCUGCUACUUGACCAGCUGUGGCGAGCGGGCCGCUCAGCUCUUCCUCUGCUCGCUGGGCCUGAAGGUGCUCCCGGCGGUGAAGAGGACCGAUCGGGCACAGGCCGCCUGCCCGGCCAGGGAGAGCUUCACCAGCCAACAAAAGACCCUUUCCGGGGGCCGGCCCGCCGCCGGCUCCCGCUCUUCCGGGUUGAAAGACUUGGAGUACGGCUGUUUGAAGAUCCCACCGAGAUGUAUGUUUGAUCACCCAGACGCAGACAGGACACUCAGUCACCUCAUCUCGGGCUUCGAGAACUUCGAAAGGAAGAUCAACUACAGCUUCAAGAAUAAGGCUUACCUUCUGCAGGCCUUCACCCACGCCUCCUACCACUACAACACCAUCACCGAUUGUUACCAGCGCCUGGAGUUCCUGGGAGAUGCCAUUCUGGACUACCUCAUAACCAAGCACCUUUACGAAGACCCGCGGCAGCACUCCCCGGGGGUCCUGACCGACCUGCGCUCUGCUCUGGUCAACAACACCAUCUUCGCCUCGCUGGCCGUCAAGUACGACUACCACAAGUACUUCAAGGCCGUGUCGCCCGAGCUCUUCCACGUCAUCGAUGAUUUUGUGCAGUUUCAGCUUGAGAAGAACGAGAUGCAGGGGAUGGAUUCUGAGCUUAGGAGAUCUGAGGAGGAUGAAGAGAAAGAAGAGGAUAUUGAAGUUCCGAAGGCCAUGGGGGACAUUUUUGAGUCGCUUGCUGGUGCCAUUUACAUGGAUAGUGGAAUGUCACUGGAGGUGGUUUGGCAGGUGUACUAUCCGAUGAUGCGGCCGCUAAUAGAAAAAUUUUCUGCAAACGUGCCCCGUUCGCCUGUGCGAGAAUUGCUUGAAAUGGAACCAGAAACCGCCAAAUUUAGCCCGGCUGAGAGAACUUACGAUGGCAAGGUCAGAGUCACCGUGGAAGUCGUAGGAAAGGGGAAAUUCAAAGGUGUUGGCCGAAGUUACAGGAUUGCCAAAUCUGCAGCAGCACGACGAGCCCUGCGAAGCCUCAAAGCUAAUCAACCUCAGGUUCCCAACAGCUGAAACCCCUUUUUAAAAUAACGAAAAGAAGCAGAGUUAAGGUGGAAAAUAUUUAAGUGGAAAAGGAUGAUUUAAAAUUGGCAGUGAGUGGAAUGAAUUGAAGGCAGAAGUUAAAGUUUGAUAACAAGCUAGAUUGCAGAAUAAAACAUUUAACAUAUGUAUAAAACCUUUGGAACUAAUUGUAGUUUUAGUUUUUUGCGCAAACACAAUCUUGUCUUCUUUCCUCACUUCCGCUUUGUUUGAAUCACAAGAGUGCUUUAAUGAUGACAUUAGCAAGUGUUCAGAAUACUUAUGGACAGUUUCUGUUGUGUUGUGUUUGUUGUAGUUUAAUUUCCGUCGGCUUUGCUUAGCGUUAGGAGGCCAGGGAGCUUCAACCCCAGAGCUUGGUGGCGCUCUCCCUGCCGGCCGGCCGUGAUCGGGGCGGGCGUGGCAGUGCCAGCCCCGGUAGGUAGGGGGUGAGCCAAGGAGAGCCACGCGGUUUGCGAGCGGAGUGUGCCAGACUUGUCUUUCCUUUCCGUGUUCCGCUGUGUGAGAUGAUGUUUCCCGGUCGCUAUUGCACUAGACGGUAGGCACAGGUUUUCUGUGAACGUUGGCUGGCACGUUGGCAGAUCACAUUUUCAUUUUCUCAUGCCACGUACUCUUGCAUUAAAAAAAAAAGGUUCUUGCCUUAAAAGUAAAACCCUCACGGAUAUUCUUUCAUUUCUGAUCUUUUCGGAACAAACAGUUUUACAUUCCCUGUUAUUAGACGUUAGACCUUGAGACAGCGUGAUACUUAAAACUCACUAGUAUAGUUGUAACUUAACUUAUUACAGGAUUAUAUUAGAAUUUCUGUCAUGUGUGUACUGAGGACAUUUUAAAAACCAGAACAUGUCGUCUAUGGAUUUUUUUUAAAUACCAUAAUAAAAAUAAUCUUUGGCUAAAUACCCAGUUUUACUAAAAACCUCCUGCUAGGUAGUUCCACUGAUGGACAUUGUUUGUGGCAAAUAAUUUUGCCCUGUAGGCUGUUGCUCUAACAAAAUAAACUUUAGACAUAUCAUACCUAAAAUAUGCUGCAGAUUUUAUAAUGGGUUGGUAUUUAAAGAAGCAAAACAGAGCACCUUAGCCCUAGUCUUCUCACGUGCAUUUCUCUCUGCACCUCUCACAGUGUUGCAUGCCUGUGUCACCUACCAAAGCUGUGCUGUCGAUGCCAUGAAAGUUUAACAUUUGCGAUAAACUGCCGGACUUUUGAUACGCCUGUGAUUUAGGCCAUUAAUUUAGAUAAACUAGCUCAUUAUUUCCAUCUUUGGAAAAGGAAGAAAAAAAACAUAUUUAGGCAUUUGCCUAAGUUUCUCUAAUUAGACUAGUAGGCAUUCUUCACUUAAAUACCUCAGUUCUUUUCUUUUGCAUGCAUUUUUCCCCCCUGUUUGGUGCUAUGUUUAUGUAUUAUGCUUGAAAUUUUAUUUUAUUUUAUUUUUUUUUUUUUGCACUGUAACUAUAAUACCUCUUAAUUUACCUUUUUAAACGCUGUGGGUCAGUCUCGCACUCCCACCAACAUACCAGUAGAGGUUUGCUGCAAUUCGCCCUGUUAAUUAUGCUUGAAAUUUAAGAAAGCUGAGCAGAGGUGUCUAAUAUUUUCCAGCACAUCAUUCUGAACGUGAUGCUUCAUGUAAUGCUGCGUUUAUGUUUUCAGUUGCAGCCGAAUCCCGUACUUCUGGCUUUAUCUACACCCCCUGCCCCCAGAGAAACACCUCUGCGUGUGUGCACAGGGAAAACUGUCGGCUUGGCUUUGUAAGGAGACUUGAGCGAAGGGGGGUGUUCAGCUUCUCCAGCGGGAUUUGUUGUCUCCGAUCUUAAGAUCUAAAUUGCUAAAUGAGUUUUUGAGCAAAUUAAUUUGGUUGGACUCGUUUUUAAGAUAUUUAAUUCUGAUCUGGAACCUUAGAUUUCUGUUUGAUUUUUUAAGAAACCUUAAUGUAAGCUCUCCUGGCAAUUUCAAAUCAAGCGAUUCUUGAAUUCUCUAGCUGUAAAUGUGUACCAUUAACAAGGAAGGCCGGAUAUGAAUUUUACUUGUGAGGGUGAUUUGUGAUAAAGUUGUAUCACAAGUCUCUUGAUAAUUUAUAAACUACCUGAUGCCAGGAAGCUUGGGGCCUCGCAUUGUGUCUAAUGCACUAAUCCCAGCAUUGAGCGAGUCUCCGGCCUCCUGGCACCAAAAUCAGCUUGUUUCACAGUUACAAUUCCCAUUGGGAGACAAAUGCCUCAAUAUAUUUUGUAACCUUAAGAAGAGUAUUUUUCGUUAAUACUAAAAAGUUCAGACUUGGAUAAGAUUAGGUCAUACAGUCUCAGGGGUUCAGAUUUCCUGCUACCAGUCAAAAUGUUUUAUCAACAGCAAAGUUUAGCUUCUCUUUCUUUCUCUUUUCUUUUCUUUCUUUUUUUUUUUGUUGGAGAACAAUAGCUGAUUUUAAUUUGCGACUCACACUUUGAAGCAAUCUAUGACCCCCUGGUUACUAAGUUGAAAAAUACAGACUCUGAGUUGGACAUGCGUGUGAAAUGGUUGUGAACGCUUUUGUGCUGCUGAUUUUUAAUGCUGUAAACUCCCCCGCCCCCCCGCCCCGCCCCGGGUUAGCUUGUGGAAGUGUUCUGAAUCCAUUAAGGAAAAAGUCACUUUGUGUAGCCCCACUCCACCACCUUGUCUGUCAUGCUCUUGUUCCCGUGAUCGUGGUGUGAGACGAGGGUGGCCGAGGCCCGCGGGCGGCAGCGGGGGUGUGCGGCCAGCACCCGCCGGCAGGGCUGCUCGGCGGCUCGAAAGCAGCCGCGGAGAUUCCCCACGACGACUGUGUGGAGGCGGGUGGGUGCGACCCCCGGUUGUAAAUGUGUUCUGUUUCUUUUGUAAUAUACUUGGAGCAGUCCUGACGAUGCUGCGUUUCGUCACAGCUUUCUUCUCGCCCUGUUCUGUUCCUGUAGCACAGACGAGCACUGCACUUGGUACCACGCUUUACCUCAUUUCAAGGCAAAUGUGCUUAACCGAGAGGAAAAAAUGUGGUUUGGCCUCGCUGCUGUUUCGAUUACGGAAUUUGAGAAAGAUGGUGAUAAUGCCUGCAGUGUGUCAUGGACUCGCGCAACUGAAAUAGGUCAUUUUUGUCUGUGGCAUUUUCACUGUUUGUGAGAGUAUGACAAAGAUUUGUUAACUCUUAAUUUCGUUUUAAAGAUGUUUGUUACAUUUCCCCCCCUUUUUCCCUUGAUGUCACGUGAAGUCAUGAAAUUUACAGUGACCUCUCACACUCCUGUCAUUGUCAGUGAAAAUUCGGAUAUUUUGACUUUCUUUGCCCUGAGAAAGAUUCAGAUGACCCUGCCUAAAUAGCAAGGGACCGGAGGCUGCUUUGGCUCUGUUGGUUCAGUUCAUAAAUACAGUUAUUCACCCAGCGGUUGGCCCCUUUCGUCUUCACCUGACAUCGGACGGUGGCUGCGGAGACAGUGGAAUCCCAGACCUGCCGCAGUUCAGUCUUCAGGCCCCUUUGAUUUAAAACGUCCUAUCUCGCUCCGUUAGGGUAUCUAAUCCUUUGACACAAAAUGUAAGCCACCACCCUGAGACCUUGAUGUCUUCAUUUACAACGCAUCUGCAGUUCUGUCAGCCCUGAAUCCGUUUGUGUUAAGCUGCGGAGGAAAACCCAUGUCUUGUUUAUUACCUAUACGGUUAUUUUAAUGACAUUUAAAUAGGUAUAUUUUUUCAACCACUGAUUACUUUUCAGGAACUUAAUUAUUUCCAAAUAAAUUUCUUUAUUUUAUAUUGUACAUGAAAAGUUUUUAAGAUAUGUUUAAGACCAAGAAUAUUGAAAUGAUUUUAAAAGUUGUGGGAGACGCCAGUAGCAAUAUCUAGGGGGAUUUGCAUUGAGACUAUUGUAUUUUCCACUAGCAGUGAAAAUGAUCUUUCAACCCUAACUUGUAAAUAUAUUUUAAUCAUUAAUUGUUUUUUUUUUCCCCUCUAGUCCAUUUUUAUUUGGACAUCCACCACAAUUUAAAUUUUAUCGAUGCCCUCAGAAUUCACUGCAGCAGCGGGAUACGUAGCAAAAAUGCAGAGGUGAACAGGAAAUAAAAUUUCUGGCUUUUCUGCUGUAAAUAAACGGAAAGAAAAUGACUAAAAUCAAGUAAAACUAACACAUAUAAUUUGAUUGACAAUAAACUAUUUACCAUCACAUAUGCUGCGCUGUUUUUAAGAAACAUGAUGUAAUUCAUUCACACGUUAAUCGUGCUGCAGAAAUUUGCAGUCUGCACCUUAUGGGUCACGAUUACCUUUAGCCUUUUUUUUUUUUUUUUUUUUUUUUUGUAAUAAUUGUAGUCAAGUAAAUCUCCAAUAAAGUUAUG